AUGCAUAUAAAUGAAUGGCUGGAGUGUCGAAAGACGAUAUUUUUGGAGUUCACAUACUUACAAGGAAAUUCCAAAGGAUGCAGAUUCACCGAAAACGAUGCAUGGUUAGCGGAGGAGAUACAAGAUAUUGGGAAAAGGUAUUACUUCGUUAGAUCGCAUGUCGACCAAGAUAUCUGCAAUGAUCGUAGAGCACAUCCAAAUUCUCACGACCCGGAGAAGCAACUGGAAAUUAUAAGAAAAGAUUGUGAAAUCAAUCUGGAAGGUCACACACAUGACAAGAUUUACUUAAUAGACAGUUUAGAGUGUGAGAAAUACGAUUUUGAUAGUCUUGUUGCAGCACUAACAAUAGAUAUUGAGAGAAUGAAAGCCGAUGUUUUAGUAGCAAGUCUCUCUUCUGUCACGAAAGGCAUACUUGAAAUGAAAUGGCGGAGUCUUUUCAGGCGGAUUCAGUGUGUAGCUUUCCAAGCGGGGAUGAUGUGUACAGCAGAAUCGGCCGAGAAAAUAAUAAGGGACGUGCUUAAGCAGGAGAGCAAAUACUACUGCGAAGUUUUUGAUAUUGACGACGACACACUUAGAGCUGAUCAAGAGUUAUUCAGACUUUCAGAUCUAGCAGCUGACAAAAGAAAGGAACAACUUAAAAAGAUUAAUAAACGUUUCAUGCGAUCCCGUGUUGAGGGAAUCGUGGCUGGUAUUAAACAGUAUCAGAACAAUUUUAGGUCAGAAUUGGAUGAAAUAGAAAUUGAUCACAAAAAUUUCAUUGCCUUGAUAUCAAACAUGCUUGUAAAGUACAUGACUUGCUUGUAUCAAUUUGCUUCAAAUCUGUUUGAAACGGUACCGAUUCAGAUUGCUAAAUCUUCAGCGAUCUACACUGACGGAAGUAAAUAG